CGUGUUACAAUAACAAGCUUUUAAUUUUUGAUUCCAUGUGGACGAUCACAAUAAAAUUGCAUGUGGCCCAAAAAGAACAUAUUCAACAAAGUGAUGACGAUAAAGUACAAAAUUAAACAGGACAAAAUCUGCAGAUCACAUAUUCUGAACAACUGUUUGAUCAAUACAUGCGUGCUCAAAGUGGAGGUUAAGAAAUUCUUUAAUACAAAGGCAUAAAACAAGGAAGUUACUUUAUUUCAUAUAUGUAAAAAAAAGUGACCAAAGUGUUAAUUUUUCUUUGUAAUCAGAAAUAGAGAACUAUGCCACCAAAACGAAAAAAAGAUGCAAAAAAGAUAUCCAUCGAUCCACCACCAGUAAUCGAACCAGAUAUUUUGGAAGUACUUGAACCAGAAGAACCACCGAAACCACUAAUAUCAGCAGUCACAGGACAACCUUUCGGACCUCGAGUUCAUUACAUAAGUGAAAAAAAGGAAGAUGAGAGUUCAGAUGACGAACCUGAAUCAGAAAUCGAUGAAGAAGUAAAAUAUUUUGAAGAAGAAGCUCCGGAAGUGCCAACAGAAUUUUGGCAUAUACAGAAACUUAUCAGAUAUAUGAAAGCAGGAAAUCAAACUGCAACUAUGGUGGCUGUCUGUCUUUUAAAAGAUUACGAUCUGGCUAAUCAAACAAUACAAAAAGCAAUUCGAGAUAUGGGAGGUCUAGAAAUCUUAGUGAAUCUACUCGAAACAAGAGAUCUAAAAUGUCAGAACGGCUCGUUGUCAGUCCUACUUCAAAUUAUAACAUCGAUAGAUAUGCGACGACAUCUAAUUGAUCUUGGUAUUGUAACACCGUUGAUUCAAAUGUUAAGAUAUCCAGCUAGAGAUAUUCAAGUUUUAGCAGCAGAAACCAUGGCUAUUAUCGCGCGAGUAAGAAAAGCGAGAAAACAAAUACGAAUUAGAAAUGGAAUACCUCUCAUUUUGGAUGUGAUGGAUAUACCAGAUUCUAUCCUUCAAACGCCAUACAAUAAUUUAAAUGAAGCUAAUAAAGAAUUGAUAAGGGUUGCGAUAGCUUGUGCUAAAGUGUUAGAUUCACUGAGCAGUAGUCCAAAAAUAAGAGAAUCGCUUCAUGCUCAUGGCGUAGUGAAUCAUAUGGAACGUUUCUUAAAAUCAGAACAUAUUUCUCUUAUAAUACCGAUGAUUGGAACUAUUCAGCAGUGCGCGAAUAGGGAUAUGUUUCGCAAAUCAUUUGAGAAAACAACUAUUAUCUAUGAUGUGGUGCGACAUUUAAAAAGUGAUAAUGUCAAGUUGCAAGAAAACUGUGCUCUAGCAAUAUACAAAUGUGGCCUCAACAAAGUCGCCAGGGAUAUGGUUCGCGAAUCGUCUGGUCUAGAUAUAUUGUGCAAGCUUUUAGAAAAAGAAGAGGUUCGUGCUAAUAAACGAUUGCUAGCUGCUGUCACAGGUGGAAUAUGGAAAUGUGCCAUGAGUCCAGAGAACGUCAUAAGGUUUAAUCAAAAUAAUUUGAUAACUUCUUUGGUACAAUUUCUGGAAGAAAUUGAAGAUGAAGAAGUGCAAGCGAAUGUUGUAGGAGCAUUGGCAGAAUGUUGCAAAGAUCCUGUUAAUAGAGACCGUCUGAGGGUCAAUGAAGGAUUGCCAAAUCUGAUCAAGUUGUUAAGUUCUACAUACGAGCCUCUAUUAGAAAACAUACCAUUAGUGAUAAAAGAAUGCGCUCAGAAUGAAUUGUGCAUGGAUAUUAUCAAUGAUUCGGAGCACAUCAACGAUGGCGUCCGAUUAGUUUGGUCGUUGCUCAAACAUCCCAGCGAUAGAAUCAAAAUAAACUCCUGCCUCGCAUUGGUGCCUUGCAUCAAAUACGCAAAAGAUUCUCCAGAGAUGGUACGAGCAUUCGUAGGCGGGUUGGAACUCACGGUCAGUCUCCUCGACAACCCAAACAACGAAGUGUUGAGUGCAGUCUGCGCCACUAUUGCCGAAAUCGCUAUAGAUCCAGAAAAUUUAGGCAUUCUUAGCGAUCAUGGUGUGGUGGAUAAACUGGCAGCCCUUGUGUCCACGCGAGAUGAAAAUUUGCGUGCAAAUUUAACUUUAGCCAUUGCUCAUUGCUGCGAAUGGGGAGAGAAUAACUUUAAAUUUGGUCAAUUACAAGCAGUUGCUCCAUUAAUUAAUUAUAUGACAAGCAAGAAUAAAGAUGUUCUUAGAGGAGUUUGUACAGCUGCAUAUCAUUUAAGCAGGGAACCUAUGAAUUGUAUUACUAUGCAUUCUGCUGGUAUUAUUAAGUAUAUACUACGUUUAGUGGGAUCAGAUGAUCCAGAACUGCAAAUUGCUGCAGCAUCUACCAUUCGAAAUAUUAGAAAGCUCGCAUUAACAGCAGAAAAAUUGCACUUUAGAGAAAUAACUACAUUAAAAGAAACAGAUUAUUUAUUGUAAUAUAUUGAUAUUUCGAAUAUUGGACUGAAACCAAGUUUAUUUAUAGAAUAUGAAAUAAAAAAAUAAUAAUGAAGAAACUUGAUUGAAGAAACCAAACGGUAUUUAUUAAGAUUAGAUCAAUCAAUAAUAAAUAUAUUUAAAUAUAAUUGAAUCUUUUUAUUUAUAUUGAAUAAAAUAAAAAAAUAUAAUAAAAUA